CUCGUUCUUCGCGAACGUGCGCUUCCUCGUUUUCUUCCGGGCCAACUUGAACCUCUGCAGCUCCCGUAGGCCGUGAGUCAGAAGGGCCGGUCAACAUGGAAGUGAAUCCCCCGAAACAGGAGCACCUGCUGGCGCUGAAAGUGAUGCGACUGACAAAGCCCACUUUAUUCACCAACAUUCCAGUGACGUGUGAAGAAAAAGACUUACCUGGUGAUCUCUUUAACCAACUAAUGAGAGAUGAUCCUUCAACUGUAAAUGGUGCAGAAAUCCUAAUGUUGGGAGAAAUGUUGACUUUACCACAGAAUUUUGGGAAUAUAUUUCUGGGAGAGACCUUUUCCAGUUACAUCAGUGUCCAUAACGAUAGCAAUCAAGUGGUGAAAGAUAUCCUGGUAAAAGCUGAUCUUCAGACGAGUUCUCAGCGUUUGAAUCUUUCAGCCUCGAACGCCGCAGUGGCUGAGCUGAAACCCGAUUGUUGUAUCGAUGAUGUCAUACACCAUGAAGUAAAAGAAAUCGGAACCCACAUCUUGGUGUGCGCUGUGAGUUACACAACUCAGGGUGGAGAAAAAAUGUAUUUUAGGAAGUUCUUCAAAUUUCAGGUUCUGAAACCACUGGAUGUGAAAACUAAAUUCUACAAUGCAGAGAGUGACCUCAGUUCUGUGACUGAUGAAGUGUUUCUGGAAGCCCAGAUUCAGAAUAUUACAACUUCACCCAUGUUUAUGGAGAAAGUCUCACUGGAGCCAUCUCUGAUGUACAAUGUGACAGAAUUGAAUUCAGUGGACCAAGCUGGAGAAUGUGUAUCCACGUUUGGGUCAAGAGCGUAUUUGCAGCCAAUGGACACUCGCCAGUACUUGUACUGCCUAAAGCCCAAAAAGGAAUUUGCAGAAAAAGCGGGCAUCAUUAAGGGAGUAACUGUAAUUGGAAAACUGGAUAUAGUGUGGAAAACCAAUCUAGGUGAGCGGGGAAGGUUACAGACCAGCCAGCUUCAGAGAAUGGCUCCAGGCUACGGGGAUGUGAGGUUGUCUUUGGAAGCAAUCCCAGAUACUGUCAACCUAGAAGAACCUUUUCACAUUACCUGUAAAAUAACCAACUGCAGCAGUGAAAGGACUAUGGAUCUGGUUUUGGACAUGUGCAAUACCAGUUCAAUCCACUGGUGUGGUAUUUCAGGAAGACAGCUGGGCAAGCUGCAUCCAAGCUCCUCCCUCUGCCUCGCCCUCACUCUGCUCUCCUCCGUACAGGGACUGCAAAGUGUCUCCGGCCUGAGACUAACAGACACAUUCCUAAAGAGAACAUACGAAUACGAUGACAUUGCACAAGUCUGUGUGGUAUCUUCGACCAUUAAAGUGGAAAGCUGAAGAACA